GUUACCUCCUGCACGUGCUUUCACAAGGACGGCGAGUGCCGAGGGGCGCUUGUGACAGAGGUGGCUGGCGGUGGCACCUGUGUGGCAACUCCAUCCAAGGACCAGACUCGGGAUGCGAAGGCUCAUGCUCUGUGCGUGAAGCUCGCGUCGCCACAUUACAGCGUGUCGCUGCUCUCUGCCGAGCGGUCCGGCGUAGCCGAGCAGAGCUGCGCGGCGAACUACAUCCUUGCUGGCUGCAGCUGCUCGGCGAGGGCUGGGCAGCACUGCCUAGUGGCUCCUUCCGAUGACGGCACAAAAUGUGUGGCGGAGGGGCCGGAUGGGAUCGUUCAAGUGCAGGCGCACUGCAUCCGGUCCUUGGCCAUCCGCCAGGUCACCGUCGCACUGGGCAUGUUGUGGUACCAGGAGAGCAUCGUCAGGUGCACCAAUAACUAUCAGCUCUUAGGUUGCCACUGCCGUGGACGCAGCUGUGCUGGAGCCAGAGCCAUGGGUCCUGCGAAGAACAGCUGUAAGGCCGUUGCCACCAACAGCAACGACCAGGUCGUAGCUGUAGCAAUCUGUGCGGACCUGGCAACCUUUGGAGACAGCAUCUUACCCACGGCAGAGUACCUGACCGGGGGGCAGGUCUUGGAUGCAGACGGUGCGGGUAUCCAACCUAUCCAGAGCCUCUACUGCUCCAGUACCGGUCUCUGGAGUGGCUUCGUGGAUGGUAAGGGCUGUGGUGGCCUGAAGGUCCAGACUCGAACAAAGAUGGAGUUCGACUGUACCCAGAGCGGCUGCAAGGAAACAGUGCUCGCUGUGGACACGAACCAGGUGCGAACAUUGACAGUCUCCAAGGAUGGAACAGCCCGUUGCCCAGCGGGAUGGAUCGUCACCUCUGUGACAUGUCAGGAGUCCUGCAAGUCGUUCGAGCUGAGCUGUGCCCCGCCGCCGUCGAACUCUCCGUGGUAUCUGUCAGGUGGACGCAGCUACUCUCCGUGGUUUAAUGGCAAGACUGGGUCGGCCAUGGGCAGCUGCGGCCAGUCCCUGGCGAUCGGCCUCGAGUGCGCCAGUGGAGGCUGGUCUCUGGAGAAGAGCUGCAAACUGAUUCGGCUUCACUGCCGCCGCCCGGCACUCUUUGGCGACGACUCGUCUAUGUCCUUCAGUGCCUUCGAUAUGAGCUUCGCAGAACCGAGGUCCACCGACUGGAUCAGCAGUAGUGGCACCCAGGAAAUGAUCUUCCAGUUUCAGUUCCGGGAGAAGCACGACGAUAAGUUCGACAACGCGGAGCAUCGGCCAGUGCAGAGAUUGACGUGCAGGGGAAACGCGUGCGAUGACAUGAAAGCAGCGCUGCCCACGAAGCUCGGCUCCUGGGGCAGCUACGUCGAUGUCCGGGGCACACCUACCAUCUGGACAACGCGCUUCAUGGAGGAAGUCGAGAUGAGAUGCCCUCCUGGACACUAUGUUGCCAACAUCAGGUGUCACGAGUCUUUCUGCCAAAAGAAAGAGCUGCUCUGUGCUUUGCCCGACUACUCGGCGGGCAACUGGUUCGUUUCUGGCGGCAUGUACUACUCCCACUGCUUCACCAAUAAGGGGCAGCUCCCGUGGUCUGACUGGAUCAGAGAUAAGCUCGCUGCGAGCAAGGGGGCGGAGAGGUCCUGCGCUGGCAUGCAGCCGAGCCAGAUGCCUGACAGCCAGUCCUGUGGCGAGGACGGCGUGAUGAUCGGCCUCCGAUGCUACGGGGCAGACUGCGACCGGAUGCAGCUAGUUUGCAACUCCGUGGACGCAAAUGUCAACCAGCGAGACGGUUCUUUGCAGGAUAUCGAAGAAAGACGGCAAGAGCUGACAGCACUGGGACUCUACGACGACAUGUCCACAUGGCCGUCGAGGCCAAGUGGCGGAGAGCCUGUCAGCAAGAGAUGGAAUGGUCGGGGGACCACGGACGACUUGGAGGGCGGAGGAUUUGGCAUCGCCCUCAGCUCCUCCUGGGGCACCACCAGGGGCACCCUGUCGCUUCUGCUCCUGCUGAAAGCUUUGCUGUGA